AUGAAAGACAGAGAAAUGGAAACAAGAAACGAAGUGAAGAAGAAAAUUUUCGAAAUUUUCAAAGAAUUUAUGACGGGAAUCGCAGAGCUUGAAGAACUAGGCAAUGCUGCAAACACCUUUCUUCUACGGUUUCAGCAAGCACUCAGUUUUCUUCAACGCCCUCCAAUGGUUACUUCAUCCAAGUUGAUCGAGAAAAUUAUGAAGAACAAUGAAACAAGACGGCUUAAAUCAUAUAUGGAAGCAGGAUGUAUUAACAUCCAUGAUGCUGCAGAAAGCACAAGAGCUUUGCAUACAUCCCUGUCAGGACUUUAUGAUCACCUAAUCAAAGCCAAAAGCUUAAUAAUGGAGCUCGAGCGUCUCACCGAUGAAGCAGCCCUUGCGAUUGAAACUGCAACAAAGUUUUCAGUACAGCUAGAUAAAGACUCGAGUGAUGAAUUGCAACAAGAGAACGAGACUGUACAUUUCUCUCAAGAACCUGAAGUUACAGAGUACGCUACACUUAUUGCAGUAGUUCACAGUAUGAUGAAGCAGAACUAUGUAAUGCAGGAAAAGAUUGUGAGAUCGCUUAGUUUGAAGUCCUCAUCUGGUGAGCUAGAGACUUACAGUCUGAUGUGGUCAUUGCGUCCCACGGCGGCGUCUUCGAUUUUUUUCGUGGCUGCGUCUGACGUUGCCACGAAGAAGACGGAGAUGGAUUACCAGAACAAGCUUGUUCUUGCUCCCAUGGUUCGUGUGGGAACGCUCUCUUUCCGAAUGUUGGCGGCUGAGUACGGCGCUGAUAUCACAUACGGCGAAGAGAUUAUUGAUCAUAAAUUCGUUAAAUGCGAACGUCGAAUCAACGUUGCUUAUGGGACAACUGAGUUUGUGGAGAAAGGAAUGGACAAUGUUGUCUUUAGCACAUGUGAGGAAGAAAGGAAUAGGGUUGUUUUUCAGAUGGGAACUUCUGAUGCUGUUAGGGCUCUUAAGGCUGCUGAGAUUGUGUGUAACGAUGUUGCAACUGUUGAUAUUAAUAUGGGUUGCCCCAAGGCUUUCUCUAUUCAAGGAGGAAUGGGGGCUGCUUUAUUAAGUAAACCCGAGCUAAUUCAUGAUAUUUUGGCAACGCUUAAGAGGAACUUAGAUGUACCGGUUACUUGCAAGAUUCGAUUAUUAAAAUCACCAGCAGAUACAGUUGAAUUGGCUAGGAGAAUCGAGAAACUUGGUGUACCAGCUCUUGCUGUACAUGGGAGGAAAAUCGCAGACAGGCCAAGAGAUCCUGCUAAAUGGGAUGAGAUUGCAGAUGUGGUGGCAGCAUUAUCCAUUCCUGUCAUUGCAAAUGGCGAUGUUUUAGAAUACGAUGAUUUUUCUCGCAUCAAAACUGCAACAGGCGCUGCAUCCGUGAUGGUUGCAAGAGGAGCUAUGUGGAAUGCUUCAAUUUUCUCUCCAAAAGGAAAAUCACAAUGGGAAGAUGUGAAAAAGAAGUACCUUAGAAAGAGCAUCUUGUGGAAUAACGAUGUUAAGAGCACGAAAUACACGAUAAAGGAGAUGAUAGCGCAUCAUUCUUGUCUUGAACUACCCGAAGGGAAAUCUAUCAACAAAGCAGACACUUUAGAAGACCUAGCGCGGUUUUACGGUUUGGAAGAUUACUUUUGGACAGUGAAGAACAUUGGUCCCCUGACACAUGACUUGCAUCAUGUUUUGUGAUACUGAAAGAAAUACCAACACUCCGCAUUUUCUUUUAUAUAUUUUUGUAAUCUCAUUUGAUUUUAUAUAUAGAGGAAUCCCAUUGUAGAAUAUUUGAAGUAUAGAAAUCAAAUUACAGUGUAUUAUUUUUUUACAUUUAAUUGAACUCGAAAUCCAAAUUAAGUUAAGUAA